AUGAUCAAGUUUCACUUUUGCUUGCUUCUUCUCGUAGCAGCUGCAGCAAUCUCUAACGGUUGUGCACCUCCAAUACCCCCUAAUGAUGGCAAAAUCACUACUGUUUCCAGUACUCCAAGCAUCGCUACCACUACCGUUAGCGCACCUACUACCAGUGCUGCCUCUACUGCCUCUAGUGAUAGUCAAUCACUUAAAUUCGGUACCAAUUCAGAUAACAGAAAUAUAACGCCAUUUUAUGGAAAUUGA